AUGUGGUCUGGAUUGCAAGCCCUUCAAAGAUUUGAAAAGCAACCUUCAUAUACUGAAGUCAAUCCUGGUCAAGAUGCAUUACUUACGUGUAAAGUUCUCAAUCGCAGAGGAUCUUGUUCCUGGCAAAAAGAUAAUAAGCCCGUGGGCAUCUACCCAAAGAAAUACGAGUGGGCGGCCGGCGAUAACGCGGGCGCCCGAAGUGCCUCCGGCGGCGGCGGCGGCGAUUGUUCGCUCUGGGUGCGAGCCGCCACACUGGAGUUUGAUGACGGUCAGUGGGAAUGUCAAGUCACCGCCAGCGAUUUUACGACCCAAGACGCACUGACCAGCAGUCCUGUUAGAUUGGUCGUUAGAGUUGCACCUCAACGUCCCCGCAUCGAGUACAACACGACGCACGUGCUUCCAGGCCAUAACAUCAGCGUCAAGACCGGAGAACGUGCCACCGUGAAAUGCGUAUCGCAUUACGGGAACCCGCCGAGUAGGCUAAAGUGGUUUCUUGGUCAACGAGAAUUAAUGCCAGUGUCUCCACAAAGCAAUAACACUGAACCAGACAAUCCUCGCACCUGGUCUGCAACUUCUGUGGUCGAAGUGAAUGCAGACCGAGCUUUGCAUGGGCAAAUUUUGAGAUGUGUUGCCUUACACGAAUCCUAUCCUGCUAAAUCUCAGGAUAUCGAAGCCAGAUUGGAUGUCAGAUAUGCUCCAACAAUUCGCCUAGUCGGUGCACCAACUGGUGACUUGGAAGAAGGACGCGAUGCGUUAGUAAUGCGCUGUGUGGCCGACGCCAAUCCUCCGGCAAGUGUCGUGUGGCGUCGGGCUGGCCGCAGCGACAUUGCAUCUCUUGAGGAAUCUCUGCAGCUGCGGCCAGUUGGGCGCAGGGAUGCUGGCAUGUACACUUGUCAAGCUCAGAACGCAGUUGGUGCCAGCGAGUCUCUUAGUGUACAACUGGAUGUUAAAUAUCCUCCAAGAAUUUUGUCAGUUGGCCCAGAUCGUUUGACUACUGCACCAUUAUUCUCACCAGCUGCUUUUGAAUGUGUUGCUGAAGGAAAUCCACCUCCAAGUUAUCAGUGGCUCCAAAGAAUGCAACACAUCUCAAAAUUUGUCCGUCGCGGUCGUGAUGCUCGGCUCGUGAUUGACAAUGUCACGUACGAUCAUCAAGGCGAAUACGUAUGCAAAGUCAGCAACGUUAUCGGAGGAUCGCAGAGGGCGGUGCAGAGCGAGCCUAUUGCCGUACAGGUCGUCGGUGCGCCUCAAGUUCUGCGACAUGGUCCGCCACCAGCUCAUGAAGUUUGGGCAAGAAGAGGCCAAAGUGCUUCUUUGUCCUUGGUGGUAUGCGCUGAUCCAAGGCCGAGGCACGUUGCUUGGGAAUGGGGUUCUCUGAGGCUGGAAGCUGGUGCUGGGAUAGGGCGAUAUCACGUAGAUGAAAUGGUUCAAGAUUCGCGAGAGGACUGUUACAAAUCCACACUUCAUGUGAAUGGUGUCGAUUCAGCGGAUUCGAGACCCUAUUAUUUGGUCGUUGAAAAUGAACGAGGAGCGGACAGGCAUGCUGUCACGCUUAGAGUGGACGGUGAGUUUACAGAGCCUUUAGCCAUGAGCGUGCUGUUGGGCGUUGCAGGGGGCUGCCUGGCCGGUCUAAUACUCCUGGUCUGCCUUUGCGUGUGGGCUAUGCGCUCCGAAAAGUGCUGUUUCCGCAAAAGAAGAGAUAUGAAAGCAGGGGAACUUGAUAGGUUGCGUGAUAUAUUAAAGUUGUUAACUUCUCGAAAAUGUUUACUUCUCCUUUCGACCGGUCGAUAUCACGUAGAUGAAAUGGUUCAAGAUUCGCGAGAGGACUGUUACAAAUCCACACUUCACGUGAAUGGUGUCGAUUCAGCGGAUUCGAGACCCUAUUAUUUGGUCGUUGAAAAUGAACGAGGAGCGGACAGGCAUGCUGUCACGCUUAGAGUGGACGGUGAGUUUACAGAGCCUUUAGCCAUGAGCGUGCUGUUGGGCGUUGCAGGGGGCUGCCUGGCCGGUCUAAUACUCCUGGUCUGCCUUUGCGUGUGGGCUAUGCGCUCCGAAAAGUGCUGUUUCCGCAAAAGAAGAGAUAUGAAAGCAGGGGAACUUGAUAGUGAGAAACCGGCGAUCAGCGACAAGACUCGUCUGGACACCUCCGGUUUGCCAAUAAGCGCAGACGCUAUUUACACGACGCCCGCUGGCUAUGCGGGUGCAACCCGAGCUUCCGGGAAUCAUCAUUUGAAUCAUCACAAUACUUACCACGGCGGUUCAGGCCGCCACAACGCACCGCAUUCGCCAGAAGCAAUGAAGACACCAGUACUGCGCACCUUUGGCAAUCAUAUAGCGUGAAAAUAUUCACAACGUAUUCCUAUCCAAAAUAUCACCUAAUUAACAAAAAAGUUCUCACCAUCGCGCGCUGGUUACGGAGUGAAGACACAAUGCUAUAUAUAUUAAAAAUCACCAAUAAUAUCACACACAACCAUUGAGCAAAUCACAUAGUAGCCAAAUUAUACCAACCAACUCAAUCACCAAUGCUAAACCAUCACCAACCACAACCUAUUAACACUGGCACCAUUUCGUAUGAUGUACCUAAUAGUAGAUUAUUUGACAACUGCAAAAUGGUAAUCAUUUUAUGUAGAUUGUAUAGAUCAUGUUCAGUAGACAACAUUCAUAAAAAAAUAUCAUUCAAUUUAACAAAUUUACUAAUUUUUUUCGUUUCAAACUUGUAUUAGCAAUUUCGUGUAAUAAUAUUUUACUUAUGCUAAUGGGUCGAUUCUGGCGCACA